GAACACCCGGGAGAUACUCGACGUCGUCUCAGAUCCGUGCUCCGUUAAGGUCAAGUUUAGAUUUCAGUCAGGCCGCACCACCGUAGCUGUCUACAAGACGCAGCCGCUGGAUAGUGUAAGGCUUGUAGGCUGCUUAUUUCGACCUCGGUAACAACAUUGAUUCGCUGCAAUAUCUGGUUAUGCAGACGCAUGGAUUGCGCGCUAUCCAACGGCAGCGAAAUCACCCUGUAUACCCAGCGCUUCGAGGUUUCACCAGGACUUGGACGCUUCGAGACGACCAACACAAAGAGCUGGGCGCUUGUCGAAACAUGAGCUGCCAAAUCUCGCCUUUUCUCGAAGACCUGAAACAAGACACUUCACAUGCUUCUACUGCCGCCAAUGGAGAACCGAUAGCCAACACUCGACGAUGCUGCCUGCCCGUUGGCGGUUGCGAGACAAUAGAAUCAGAUAUUUUGUUGAAGCGUCGAACAAUUGCACUCGCUCAAUGCCACGAUAGAAGCUUGUUCGUUGUUCCUAGUUGUCUUUGUUCUAUCUCUUCAACACUCUUUCAGGUUUAUUUUUCUUCUCCCUUCCUUCCUUUUCUUGCUUCUAGACUUUUGCACAACACGACAACACGCUGGACGUACAUCGACUUUCCUAUUAAUCGACUUCUACACUUCACACCUCAAAAGUUCAAGCGAAUACCUCGACUUCUACUCUUCAAGAUCUCCAACGACAGUCACUCUACAAGAUGCCUUUCAAACAGAGCUUUGAGAAACACCUCAACAAGGACCUUGAGUCUAAUCGCGACCGCGACUCGGCUCUCUACCCUCCACCUCUUCCACCAGCAGAUCUUGAAUUUCAAGCUCCUCCACCUCCACCUCCAGCUGCCUCUCAGGUCUUCACCAGCUAUCCCGAACGCAGAGGAGGCGUCUACAUUCCCACCGUGGUCUUUAUCCUCUUGAUCCUGGUCCUCCUCUUUGAAACCAGUAUGCUCUUCGUCUACACGGUUGUUGCUCUC